AUUUUAGUCGUUGCGUGGAAUUCACUUAGAACGUUUGUUGGUUACUUCGAUUGGACUCAUAGACAAAGGAGCAAUUUUUAUAAAAAAAGAAAUAAGAAAAUUAAAUAAAAUGAGUGCUUCGGGUAAAAGUUUAUUGGGCUUGUGGCUCUAUCGAAGUGGCGAACAGGAAUGGGCUGUUAAACAAGGCAGUCCAUUGCAUAAACAACGUUCAAGUAGUAAGGAUAGUUCUGGAAGUCCUGCUAGUAUUGAUAAAACUGGAUUAAGUGUUAAAAACAAGGAAAAUCCAGUCGUGAAUGAGGAAUUUUUCCAAUACGGUACGGUUGGCGAUAGAGUUUCGAUCAUUUUUACCUUAAAGAAUCAAGUUGGUAAUUUGGCUCGAGCUCUUCAGGUUUUCCAAGAGUUGGGCAUAAAUGUUUUACAUUUGGAAUUGUCACCUUUGGAAAGUGCUACGAAUCAGGCUGAUGUGUUAGUGGAUGUGGAAUGUGAUCAAAAACGCUUGGAUCAGGUGCUGCAAAUGCUUAAUCGAGAGGUACAUUCGGUAAACUAUACAUCGGUCGAUAAAAAUGCCAUCGUGAGAGCGCCAUCUCUAUCAGCCUGCUCUAGUUUUGAUUUCGGUGAAAUGGUUUGGUUUCCACGCAAAAUCUCCGAUUUAGAUAAGGCUCAAAAUGUUUUAAUGUAUGGUUCUGAAUUAGAUGCUGAUCAUCCCGGUUUUAAGGAUCCCGUUUAUCGCAAAAGAAGAGAGAAGUUCUAUACCAUAGCUAUGAAUUUUAAACAUGGUAAUCCUAUACCUCGUGUUGAAUAUACACCCGAAGAGGUAAAAACUUGGGGUACCGUGUUUCGUGAGCUGCAUCGUUUGUAUGUUAAAUAUGCCGUUCCCGAAUAUAUGGAAAAUUGGCCAGAGUUGGUUAAAUAUUGUGGUUAUAGAGAGGAUAAUGUGCCUCAGCUGCAGGAUGUUAGCACUUUUCUAAAACGUAAAACUGGUUUUCAAUUAAGACCAGUGGCAGGUUAUUUGUCACCUAGAGAUUUUCUUUCGGGUUUGGCAUUUCGUGUUUUCCAUUGUACCCAAUAUAUAAGACAUUCAUCCGAUCCUUUUUAUACACCCGAACCUGACUGCUGUCAUGAGUUAUUGGGUCACAUGCCUUUAUUGGCCAAUUCUAGUUUUGCUCAAUUUUCCCAAGAAAUUGGUUUAGCUUCUUUGGGCGCCUCCGAUGCAGAUAUUGAGAAAUUAGCAACGCUUUAUUUCUUUACCGUUGAGUUUGGUUUAUGUCAUCAACCCGAUAAUAGUUUUAAGGUUUAUGGCGCUGGCCUGUUAAGUUCCGUGGCGGAAUUGCAGCAUGCCAUUGCCGCUAAAGAUAAAAUUAAAAAAUUUGAUCCUGAAAUCACUUGCAAAGAAGAAUGUAUUAUAACUUCUUAUCAGAAUGCUUACUAUUAUACAGACUCUUUUGAAGAGGCCAAAGAGCAAAUGAGAUUAUUUGCCGAAAGCAUACAACGACCUUUUGGUGUACGCUAUAAUCCCUAUACCCAAAGCGUUGAGGUACUAUCGAAUGCCCAGAAAAUAACAGCGGUGGUUAGUGAACUCAAAGGGGACUUGAGCAUCGUGUGCUCUGCGUUGCGUAAAAUAUCGGCCACCGAUGAGAAUUUAGAUGUUGAAAGUAUUGCCAAUAUGCUGCAGACAACUUUGAAUGUUAGAGGUGGAGAUAGAAGUCCCAACAGUGCUGUAAGCCCCGAUAAUUCAGAUACUUCACAACACUCCAUAGUAGAGAAUGGAGAACAACAGUAGAUAAUCCAUGGACAAAUGUUAAGGACCACGAUUUACAAAUAUAUGCAACAUGUUUAGGGACCAAACUUUAAUAUUUAGAUAAAAAAUAUUUUGUAGUUUUAAUUUUAUGGAAUUUAUCAACUCACUAACAUCUAUUUAUGUACGAGUACUUGUAUGGAUCCAGUAUAUACAACAAAAAAAAUUUUAAAAAUUAUUAAAGCCACUUUUAUUUAAGUAAAUCUAUGUUAAUAUUGGCUUAAAAUUAAUUAAUAACAAGUCAUAUUCUAUUUAAAUUGCUUAAA